UGAAAUGACGACCGUACUCGUACCUGUGGUAUCUUUCUGUCAUCUGUGUAUUGAGAACUGCACUUGUAUCAACAAUGACAUACUGUAAUUAUUUAAAAAAAUCGAAUGUAGGUUUGAAGUAUCAGGGCACAACAAUGCUGACAUUCUUCUUCGAAAACUGAAACUUUGAACUAAAGGUUUUGAGAGCUUUGAUAUCAGCUUCAAAGCUACCGAUAGAUCGAUCCGGUCAAUAUCGACAACGAUGAAAACUCUGGCAGCACCUGACGAUAUUGCUGUUCCACUGGUGUCUUCAGCUGGCGAAGAUACUAUACUUUCAGCAACGUCGAUUGAUGAUGAUUCUUCCUUUCAAAUGGCAUCGAAUAGAAUGGAUUCUUUGAGAUCGUCCCAAUUCUCGAGGCGGACCUCGCUCGCAGCAUUGAUCGAAGAUUGUCCUAUAUGUUUGGAUGCUAUGGGAAGUGUUGACGUAGAACACAUUUUACAAUGCGAGCGACAUUGUGGCUUCAAUAUGUGCAAAAAUUGCAUAGAUUCGCUAAUUACUUCUUCGAAGGAUGACUUUCAGAUGGCAUCAGAUGGAAACAUGCACGUAAAAGUGUACCUGCACUGUCCGAAUUGUCGAUCAGAUCUAAGCCAUAGUAUACGCCAUACUCUUUUGCUAAGAAAGGUUGACGAAUUAGAGCUCCUAACUUGUCCCGAAUCGGAGUGGACGAACUCACAGGUUCGAUUGAAAAGAGCACUCCAUACAACCGAGGUACUGAAAGCCAUUAAACACGCACGCAUUGUAGAGGCGGAAUAUUACGGUCGGGAUCUCAACGACUCAUUUAAUGACAGCGAUGAUAGCGAGACCGAUUCUCAAAUCGAGCAAUACGUAGAGCAAUGGGGAGUUGAGGUGGAUUUAACAAACGGGACCCACAAUUCUUUUGUCACCCCAAGGCCACCAGCUGUCGUUUUUCCAGAGGAGGCCAUUCGAAUUGAUCCUACUCUCUUUGCUGGGUUGGAUUCAUUCUUGAGCGAAGACGAGCAAAAGGAGGUAACUAAACUGAUGACAGGAGGAAAGCCAUCACUUUUGGUAGAGGCAGCCAAUAUUUUGUACGACACAUUACAAAAACUCUAUAAUCCGGAACCGUCAGCAACCGGGAAAAAUCUACUGAAUAGGAAGAAUAGUAGAAGAAAAUCCCUUGCACGAAAAUCGUCCGUCUUUCAGCUGAUAGCUGAGGCCGAAGUUGCCGAAGGAAAACGAGAUAAAGAAGCAAGGAAGACUGCUGAAGAAAUGCAGGCUCUACAAAAUCCCCGUUUCGCUCAACAAAGGCAGCUAGAACGUGAUUUGCGAAUCCGGGCGAACUUUCAAAAACGUUUCCCCAUUCCUGUUCGUAUGCCCAAGGCUGUAAAAUUAGACCUGUCCCUUCCAUUUGAUAUGGAACUGGUCGACUACAAUUGGGGUGGUGAGUUUUCUCGGAGAAUGAACAAAGCUGCGUUUUGUCAUUAAUUGAAGUCGCCCGCUUAAAUUUGUUUGUUACGAUUGAAUUGUUUUCGAUAGGAACUGUGAUGGAUGCUUACUCAAAGAUAUCGAUUGGAUUUGGCAGUAAAGUAACUCAACGGCGUCCAAACAACAUCAACGUCGGAACCAUUAUAGGCAGCGAGCGAAGUGUUGUAAAAUCUGCAGCAGUGGGUUGUGCAAUUGGUCUUUGCAUGAGCAGGGACGACGAUUAUGGAGAUGCUGCCAAUGACAUUUAUAUCGCGAUUCCCGGCCAAGCUCGAGUCGUAGUCUCGAACACUGGUCAUAUUGGGAAGCUUGGCGCCGUCCGUGGGGAUGUAUUGACUCAUAUCGACGGGGAAUCUAUCACUGGCAAGAAAGUUGCUGAAGUUUUGGAUAUUAUCAAUGCGAAGAAAUGUCAAGGAUCAACUCUGCUGACUCUGAAUGCCGAGUUUUCGGUAGCAGAUGCGCUAAGGCGACGUGCAAUGGCAAUUUCAGAAAUUGAGAUAAUGUGAACAAUAAUUGGUUGGAUUGUUCUUCGCAGUAACGAAGUCCAUACUCUGAAUGUUGUACAAGACGAUAACGACGACGAUGAUCAUAUCAACAAUGCAUGAGAACAGCAUUCAUACAUAAUGUGCCUAUAUACUUUUCUAUUUUUGAAUUUCACUUUCGUGAUAUUAUUUGUGAUCAAUUUCUCUGGGUCGAAUGAAGAAUUGAUGAAGGAAAAAUAGUACGGCAGAAGGCAGCUACUAUUUCUUGCCGUUUCGCGUUACUCGUAUCUUUGAACCCAAAAAAUCCAACAGAUCAACAGGAAUGGUUUUCAGCUUCCUCCUAGUCCAACAAGGAUUUGCCAUGGAAUGACUGGAACCCAAUAUGAUUCUGCUAGUAGUAGGGGUUGCCACAGCAAACCUGCAGUACAGUCCAAAAACAUUUUUCUAGUUGAAUAAAAAUUAAAAUUAUUU